AACAUUAACUGGAACCACUUAGUAAAUUCUUUAUUGCGCAACAAAUUACGAACUCAUUUUAUCAUCUGCACGUUGCGUGUAUCAAUGUUUUAGUUUUCACUGACAGUGAAAGUUGUUCAAUAUAACUUUAGAAGUAAAUAACAACUCUUGAAUUGCAAGUGGAAACACAUGGACUUCGACGAAUUGUUUAAUUCUGAUGACAAGAAGACUACCAGACGAAAAGAUGAAAGCGUAUCAAAAAGAGGAAGUGAUGAAACAGUCAGAAGGAAAAGAGAAGCUACCAAAGACUCAACCAAAAGUACAACCCAGAGCAGGACAAGGGUGAGCGAAGGAGCAAGUACGAAAGAAUCCUCAAAGUCACGCGAGGAGAGUAGUCGUAUUGGGGUUGUCAAAGAAAAGAGCGCAACAUCAGAAAAAACAGAAAUUAAACUAGGUGUCAAAAAGGAAGCACAACAUUCUUUAGUUCAAAAAAGAAAGCCUGCUGUAGAAGGGAAGCCCAGCACUUCAUCUCGGAACAACCAAAAACCACAAAUAGACAAAACUAUAAAGUCGAAAGUGUCUACUUCUUCACCAUACAUGGCUGCUGCAAGUGGGAGACCAAAAAUUAUGCAAAAUAUCUCCCAGCCACAAAUAAAGAAGAAGCCAUCUUCACUACAAAGAGAAUCGCCUUAUAGAAGUUCACUUGCUCAAAAGCCUCAGCCCAGAACAAGCACACUUGCUUCUGGGGACCAGAGGAAACCAAGUCAAUUAGCCGAAACGCCUGCAAAGUCAAAAACAUUGAAAACAAGCAAAACUGCCCUUACCAAAAGUAGUAAACCUGUUGCAAUAGAACCUGUAAAGCAAAAAAAGUCUUCAAGUUCAUCUUCAAAAUCAAAAGUCACUGUGUCUAAAAGACGUGAGGAGAAAGUUACGAGCAUAUUAGAAGAACCAGUUCUUGAAAGUGAACAGCAGCUGAAACCUUUUGGGGAGAUCCACCGGAGCAACACGUUCACCAAGGAGGGCAGUGCUCCUGACAGUCUGACCAGUGAUCUGACAGCGAGUCAGUCACAGGAGUUUGGCUCACUCAGCAGUGUCGACCGAGUGGAUGUGGAUGACUACAAUUACGAUGAUGAUUUUGAGGCAAGUUCAACACAUUAAAUGUCAUGUUCAAAAUCCUAAAUUUGCUCUUUAAUAAUAAAUUUUUAACCUACCUCUUA